UGCGGUUUCUGCUUUGAUAAUGGCGGACGACGGAAUGUCCAUGAUUCCUUAUGGAUCCUCCAAUCUUGACGUCGUACUACGCCACAAUGACUCCGUUGUGGUUUUCGAUCGAGACUCUCGGCAAUUAGCUCUCAGGAAUGCGGCCGACAGCAAUGGCGGCCUCGAGUUAACCGAUUGUCCAUAUUGUCGUCGACCGCUGCGGGAGGACGGAGCGGGACAGGAGGGCCAUCAUGGUAGCCCAAAUGCACCGCCCGAGUUCGUCAAUCCGGAGUAUUUUCGCAUGCUCCAUAAUAGCCUACCUAGCUCUGCGAGUUCUUCACACCCUCCUUCUCCACGCCGUCGUUUUGCUCAGCCUGCUCUUCCCGGCGGCCCAACCAGCGACCCGGGCACCACGCGCGGGGCGUCUUCGAAAGAAGGGAUAUCGUCCGCGGCAUUUACACCGGACUACUUCAAAAAGUUCUUUGUCGAAGAAACCGUGCUGGGUAAAGGCGGAAAGGGCGUGGUAUUGCUGGUGAAGCACGUGUUGGACGGGGUCUCGCUCGGGUAUUAUGCUUGCAAGCGUGUACCUGUGGGAGACGAUCAUGGGUGGCUUGAAAAAGUGCUGGGCGAAGUGCAACUAUUACAGCACUUGUCGCAUCAGAAUCUCGUAUCCUAUCGGCACGUUUGGCUCGAGGAUGCGAAGAUCAGCACCUUCGGACCCAGUGUUCCAUGUGCGUUUAUCCUCCAACAGUAUUGUAAUGCCGGAGACCUGCACAACUAUAUUUGUGGCUCGCUCCAGACUUCUACAACGGCGCAGCAGUUGAAGGAACGUCUGCGAAGGAAAUCCAAAGGGGAGCCCUUGCCCCGUUCCGAGCUGCCGGAGGCUCGUAAACUACACUUUGACGAAAUCUAUUCGUUCUUCAAGGACAUAACCUCGGGGCUUCGGUAUCUCCAUGCCAACGGUUAUAUUCAUCGGGACCUCAAGCCCAACAAUUGUCUGCUACACCAAACCAGCGAUGGCAUCCGUGUUCUGGUCAGUGAUUUUGGAGAGGUUCAGUCUCAAGAUUCGAUGCGGGGAUCGACCGGGGCUACUGGCACUGUAUCGUAUUGCGCCCCUGAAGUUCUGCGACGCGAGUAUCCGGGAGGUCCGUUUGGGAAUUUCACCUUUAAAUCUGACAUCUUCUCUCUGGGAAUGAUUCUCUAUUUCUUAUGCUUCGCCCAACUGCCCUAUACCAAUGCCGACCUGAUUAAUGAAGAGAAGGAGGAUCUCGACCGUCUACGAGAGGAAAUUAGCCACUGGGGUGGAUUUGACGAUGCGCGAAGGAUGCGACCUGAACUACCUCAGCAACUAUAUACCUUUCUAGAGCGUUUGCUGUCUGUUGAUCCUGACAGACGACCAUCCGCGGACGAGGUUUUAAGCGGCCUGCAGGCUGGAGCCAAUGCCAAUGAUAACAUCAGAUCCAGGAGAGGCAGUUCCUCUUCCUCGAGCCCGGAGGCGCAUGCAGGCUCAAGGAUUCAUCCGGUAGAGAGCCCAGCACCUCCUUCAUUUCCUCGACCGUCCCUCACACCCCAAAAGCCUUUUCCAAGGAGUCCGGUAGUACGUCAAAAUCCCCAGUACGAGGCGAGCACCGAUGAUCUCCCUGCCCAGAUCGAGGACAUGGGUCCCGAAGUUGAUCGGAGAUUAUCCUUUAGCCCUGAAAGGGAUAUGGUAGUUCGGCCUAGGUACUCUGGAACCCCUUCUCUUUCACCACCAGGGCAGGACGAACCUCGGGAGCAAAUUCAUCAAACUAACGAGCCUUCUCUUCGACCUCUAUUACCUCCACCUCCAAGCAGAUUCUCCCCGGCGAGGUUCCUUCCUCCUAUGCCAGACGUCCUUUCAGAUUGGCAACUGCCGUUCCCAGCGAUCCAUCUCGGCUUUUUCCUCGUCGAGGUCGUAUCGGUUUUCCAGCCGUGUAUCCCACUCGCUGUCAACCCGUGGCUUCUGUAUCCUUUACUCUUACUGGCGGUGUUGAACCUGCGAACACAGAGCUUUCUCAUGCAGGUGCUUGCCGUUAUUUUUUAUUUCACGGUGGUCAGUCUCAGUAUGCGUCUAGGGAAGUUAUGUAUUUGGCACCCUCCAAGGUGAUGUACCAACGGCCUUGUUCUUGUGUAUUCAUUGGGCGCUGUUGCUAGCGAUUCUGUUAUGUGUUGUUUCUCUAUUUCCCAUGUUUAUUAAAAGUGAACCAUGACAUGAUAUGCCUUAUUUAUAUACUUUCUGUUCCUUAUCACCGUCGCUCGUUUUGUUCACAGCCCUUUCUAUGCCAACUUGGUUUUCAGUGUACAGAAUAGGGCAUUUGGAGCCACGAAGCUGUAUGUUACAUACAACACAGGUUGAACUCGUGGUAGAUAUACCAUCCUGC